ACUAGUUGCACCUUAUUUCUUCCAUCAAUCGAUUCAGAUUUGAGAUAUUUUGAAGAAAAUUUUGGCUCCAAUUUUAUCACUGAAGAAUUAAUCAAUAAAAUGAUUGCCGAUAACCGUGGUGUUCACUAUCAAAUUGUAGGAAAACGUCUCUAUCGACAAUCGAAUUGUAUGUUUCCUUCCCGUUGUCAAGGUAUUGAACACUUUAUUCUUGAAAUUAUUGAUAAAUUGCCCAAUAUGGAUUUGAUAAUAAAUGUACGCGAUUACCCACAAGUUGGACGAUAUUUUUCCAAUGAUCAACAAUUUCCUAUUUUAUCGUUUUCCAAAGAAGUUACUUCCUAUGCAGAUAUUAUUUAUCCGGCUUGGACUUUUUGGUCUGGAGGACCUGCUCUUGACAUAUAUCCCAAUGGCAUUGGUCGAUGGGAUUUGAUUCGAGAGAAAUUACUAAAAACUCAAAGUAAACUUCCAUGGACUAAAAAGAAAAAUAUUGCCUUUUUUCGUGGCUCACGAACAAGCUCACAACGCGAUCCUAUUGUCAUGCUCGGUCGAUCCAGACCGGAUUUGGUCGAUGCAAAAUAUACGAAAAAUCAAGCCUGGAAAUCUAAAGCAGACACACUGGGAGACGAACCAGCCAAAACAGUUUCGUUCGAAGAUCAUUGUGAAUACAAAUAUCUAUUUAAUGUCCAUGGGGUUGCAGCUAGUUUCCGAUAUAAACAUCUUUUUCUUUGUCGAUCAGUCGUCUUGAAUGUUGAAUCCGAUUGGAUCGAAUUUUUCUAUCCGUAUUUGAAACCUUGGAUCCAUUAUGUACCUAUUGAUAAAAACUUUGACAACGUGGUUGAAGUGUUGGAAUUUUUGAACGACAAUCAAUUAUUAGCUUCGAGAAUAGCUAAACGUGGAUUUGAAUUUAUUCGUGAUCAUCUUACAAUGAAUACGAUUCGUUGUUAUUGGCAGAAUCUAUUGACUUUAUAUUCUGAUCGGAUAAUUUCAUAUCGUCCAAUGAAACCAGAUCCAAAUUUGAUUGAAAUUUAUUGA